UAUCCUCUAUUUCUCUCUCUAUUAGUCCAUUGAUCAAGUUUUGCAGAACAGCGCUUUUCCUGAAAAGAAACAAGUGGAGCUCCAAAAGUCUUUCAAUGGCCAUGGACUUGUCAGAUGUAUGUCCAACUGAGGACGCUGUUCAGGCACUUUUAGAAUAUUUGGUCGAUCCAAUGCUUCCGACAAAAUCGUCUGUUCCGGGCAUUGCAUCACAAUCUCAGCUGCAGGCAGUUGCAAAACAGGUGCAUGCUGUCUUGUUGUUGUACAACUACUACCACAGGAAACAAAAUCCAGCACUAGAAUAUUUGGGUUUCAAUUCAUUUUGCAAGUUGGCAGUGAUUCUGAAACCUGCCUUGUUGGGGCAUCUCAAAUUCAUGCAAAUAUCCAAUGACAAGGAGUUGGAUGACCCGGAGAACCAACUAUCAGUGAUGGAGAAAACCAUUAUGCACGCAUGUGAUAUAUCUAAAGUCUUAGAUGCUUCAAGGGAAAAUCCAAAUGUCGAAGGAUGGCCAAUUACUAAAGUUGCAGUUUUCUUAGUUGACUCAAAGAAAGAGAAGUGCUUCUUACUAUUCAGUUCCGUCACCCAAGGGGUUUGGUCAGUGAUUGGAAAUGUGGAAGUUUUACACCAAAUUUCAGAUAGCACGGCCGAGGCAACACAAGCGAACAAAAAGAGAGGAGUGAUUCGAAAACCUUCAAGAGUCAUUUCCAAGGUUGAUGUAGCUGGCUUUCUCCAACUUGCAUACUCUGCUGUUAAGGAUGUAACCGGUGUUACUCAAACUGAUCUUAUGGUUUUGGAAGAUCAUCUCGUUUAUUCUACGAGUAAAGAAAAGGAAGCUGCUCGGUUUUACAUUAUGCAGUGCACUAAAUCAGUCAAUGACGACAUCUGUCAAGUUCCUACUAAAGAUGCUAUUGACAGCCUGCAGGGUCCUUUACUGGAAAAGAGUUCUGGCAGAUGGACAGUCACGCCUGUUGUUGAGUACUUCCAUUUGCUUCCUUAUGCUGGGAUUUUGGCAGAAUGGAUGCAUAGGAAAAGACAUUCGAAUAAUUUACAACACUCGAUGCUGGGAGAGAGCCCCGAAAGGAAGAGAAGACCUAGUGACUCAGCAAUAUAUAAAAUGCAAGAUACUUCUGAUGUCAAUAGUGGCUUAGGAGAGGGUUGUGGCAACAAGAUGUCUGCCGGCAAUCUCAAGUCAGCCAAGGAGAAAGAUAUGAUUGGCAUCUCGAAUACUGUCAUUGCACCUCAGACCUCGGAGAUUACUAAACAAUACAGUGAUAUUUCACACACAACUCAAGUUGAAAAUGACCAGAAAAUGAUUACUUCCAACUCUACAGGAAGUGAUUUAAAUGGUCAAGCAAGUGGAGUUAGUGUUAAGGAAUUGGAUGCUUUAUGUCAUGCAAAUGACUGGAUAUUACCAACCUACCACGUACGCCCGACAGAAGGUGGAUUCAAAGCUAAUGUGACCAUAAAAGGGGCAGAUUUUGAUUACUCAAGUGAAGGUGACUUGCAUUCCAAUCCUCGCGAAGCAAGAGAAUCGGCUGCAGCACUGAUACUGCGGAAACUGCAAAGUCGUGCUUGUAGGUUGAUUUAGCUAAAAGACAUGGGAUGCCAUUCUCACUCAAGAAACAUCUAAACCAUAGAAGUUCCUCUCUCUUUGGAUUUUGCAUUUUGGGACAUGAUGCCGUAGGUGCAAGUUAAAAAGGACAUGUGAUAUCUCAACUAAUAUAGUCUACUACGUCAAGAAAGAAUGCUUAAAUCUUUUGACAUUACCAACAAAAAUGUGCACCAAACUACGCAGCACCGCCAUUCGCAACUUGUGGGGUAGCGCAACGUUGCGAGUCAAAACUCGCACCGCACGCUGUCUGCUUGGUUGAGAUUGGGUUGAUAGUCAUGACUAGUCGGCUCUGGCUAUGUUACUAACUUCUGUCUCCCAUUUGAGUUGCUUAACUGAGUGGGAAAUUCUAGCUGAUAGUCAUGUUUACUAAAAGUUUAAGGCAAAUGGCCAAUCUAAAAAUUUUUGAAGUAAAUGACUUUAUUUUAUUUCAUUUUUGUGAAGAA